AUGGCCUCUUCAACACCAAAGAACUCGCCCAAGCCAGAUAAUAAGCCAAUUGCUACAAAGCCGGCCACUGCUCCGAAAAAGAAGACCGAACAGCAAAUUCCACGGCAGCAGAAACAGGAGCCACGCAAGAAACAGGAUAAGAAACCAGCUGCCCGGACCAGCCAACCCACCCAGCCCCAAAAGGCGUCGGUGAAGGUGAAAGCGAAGCCGAAACAGAAACAGGAUGCUGCCACGAAUCGGCCCAAGCUGGACGUUCCUAGUUUCCUUACGGUUGCCAACUUUGCGCAGAUCCUCCGUGUGAGAGUGCCGGAGCUGCUUCAGAAGAUGGCGGGUCUCGGUUUCGAGGACAUGACAAAUGACUUUAUUCUUGAUUUCGAGACCGCUUCUCUCAUUGCCGACGAGUACGGGUUCGAAGUCAAUACUAACGACGACCUUGGUGCAGAUCUGUUCCCGGCCCCAGAACCAAAGGACGAGAAGCUGCUCAAACCGCGUGCUCCCAUAGUGACGAUCAUGGGACAUGUGGAUCACGGGAAGACAACUAUUCUAGACUAUUUGCGCAAAUCGUCGAUUGUGGACGGCGAACAUGGGGGUAUCACGCAGCACAUCGGUGCAUUUGUGGUGAAAACCCCGGUUUCCAAGAAAACAAUCACGUUCCUUGACACUCCAGGCCACGCUGCGUUUCUGAAUAUGAGAGAACGAGGAGCCAAUAUCACCGAUGUGGUUGUUUUAGUGGUUGCAGCUGAGGACUCGGUGAUGCCCCAGACUAAAGAGGCGCUUAGACACGCCAGAAAUGCAGGUGUGCCAAUGGUGGUUGCGAUCAACAAGUGCGACAAGCCUGACGCCAACCCGGACAAAGUGGUGGCCGACCUAUCUGGCCACGGAGUCGAGGUUGAAGAUUAUGGUGGAGAGGUGCCAACUGUUCGUGUUUCGGGAAAAACAGGUCUGGGAAUGGCCGAUCUGGAGGAAACCAUCGUGACGGUGGCAGAUUUGCUCGAUCUCAAGACACAGGAAGAUAAAACGCCUGUGGAGGGAUGGGUUUUGGAGUCGGAGGUGAAGAAAGGGCUUGGAAUUGUGGCCACUUUUCUUGUCAUGAAGGGAAAAUUGAAACCAGGAGCAAUUAUCGUUGCUGGCCAGACAUGGUGUAAAGUGCGGGUGAUGAAGGACGAGUUCGGAAAGCCAUUGAAAGUUGCCGGUCCGGCCACUCCUGUUGAGAUCUCUGGAUGGAAGGAUAUCCCCGAUGCUGGUGAAAUGGGUCUCGAGGCACCAACUGAAGCUCUUGCAAAGAAGGUGAUUACGAAUAGAGAAAAGAGAAAGCUUCUAUUGGAAGAAGCCUCUCAGAUUGAAGAGAUGAACAAGCGAAUGAAGGAGAGAAUCGAGGCUUCUCGUCGUGAGGAGAAGAUCCGCGAGUACCAACAGGAAGGACUGACUAUUGACGAUAUCAAGGAGCUUGAGCCGGAAUUGUUUGAUCUUGAAGCAGAGAAACAGAUUGUGGUUCCCUAUGUCAUCAAAGCAGAUGUUAGUGGAUCUGCAGAAGCUAUUGCUCAAAGUAUCACCGGUCUGGGUAAUGACGAGGUGCAGUCGUCUAUCUUGUAUGAAGAAGUUGGAGCUCCAACCGAGAGCGACAUCGAAAGGGCCAAAAUUGCUGGAGCACAAAUCCUUGCGUUCAACGUGAAAGUCCCCAAGAACAUCAUCAACAGCGCUUCUCUAGCCGGCGUGGAAAUCAGAGAGUUCAAGGUGAUCUACCAUCUGAUCGAGGACGUUCUGGAAACUCUCACGUCGAAACUGCCUAAGAAGUUCGAAACUAAAGUGUUGUCAACCACCUCGGUGAAACAGCUAUUUGAAAUCACACUCAAGAACAAAAACAAGAUGACUAUCGCAGGAUGUCGUGUGACGAACGGUGUUUUGAAGAGAAGCAGUGUUGUCAGAGUGAUGAGAAAGGGAGAUGAAAUAUUCCGUGGAAAGAUUAAGCAAUUAAAGCACGAGAAAGACGAUGUGGCAGAGGUCAGAAACGGAAUGGAGUGUGGAUUAUCUCUGGAUGGAGAUAUCUCCUAUGAAGUGGGCGAUGUGAUUGAAAGCAUAGAAGAGGUGGAAAUUAAAAGGCAUUUGUAA